AUGCUUCUCCAACUGUUUAUUCGUCUUCUUUUAGAUUUCUAUGAAUUUCCACUGGAUGCAACGAUAACUUGGAGUCGACAGAAUUUUCUUGCAUUCUGCAGAAUGACAAUGCGUAAGAUUUUGUGUUUCAAACAAAACUGCGGUAUUCAUCGACGUCGUGUACCCUGGUCUACUGAUGUGCAUUUGUGCCUCUACCGAAAGCAACAGUUUUUAAGCUCAUUGAAAUGCUUCAAUUUAACAGCCACUGGUGCUCAUCAUACCUGUAAUCGAUACUGUACUAAAGUAUCCAAUCGCUAUCGCCUAAAACCCGAAGAGCAAACCUAUUUGGCCAAUUUAAAACUGUCAAAAUAUAAGAACGCUACAUAUAUCGAAAUGAGCAUGAAAUGUUACUUCCAAAUUUGUCAGUAUGAAUGCCGAAAAAAAUUGAUGGAUGGACGCUGUGAUGAUGAGGAAAAAGUUGUAGCAAUGGAUGCUUUGUACGAUUAUUAUGCACAUGAUCAACUGGAUCAGUAUCAGGCAUUAGCUGCGCAACGUCAUCAGAAUAUGCUUCCGUUAAUGUGUCGUACAUUAUUACCGCAUCGUUACGAGGUGAACAAUGCGGCAAACGACAUUGUGAAGUAUGAAGUUGAUAAACUAAGGCGGGAUGCACCGUAUCGGUCAAAAAACACAUAA